AUGACGCCCCUGCAAUCUACGGCUUCGCAGCUGGCUGUAAUAACAAAUGAGCUGGAUAAGCUCACGCCUCGAUUCGAAAUAUCUGCAGAUGCCGUUGAGAUUCUGCGAAGUCCAAGCGAAUUCUAUACUGCGCUAAAGACCAGGAUCCGAAAUGCUAAACGGCGCAUCUUUUUAUCCACAUUGUAUAUUGGCAAGAGCGAACAUGAAUUGAUCGAUACCGUUCGAGAAGCGCUCAAGGCAAAUCCUAAUCUGCAGGUAUCCUUUCUGACCGACUAUCUUCGCGGGACGCGCGAAGCCCCCAAUGCAUCAUGUGCAAGUCUGCUGGCUGCCCUGAUCAAAGAAUUUGGAUCAGAACGAGUAGAAGUCCGAAUGUACCAUACGCCAAAUUUGACCGGCCAACGGAAAGCGCUCGUUCCGAAGCGCAUUAACGAAGGCUGGGGCUUACAGCACAUGAAGCUUUACGGAGUUGAUGACGAGAUCAUCAUGUCGGGUGCCAAUCUGUCGAAUGACUAUUUUACGAAUCGUCAAGAUCGGUAUCAUGUCCUCAAGUCUGGAGACGUCACAGAGUAUUUCGCCACAUUAUAUCGCACAGUGUGUGAUAUGAGUUACCAGGUCCUACCUUCCGAGGAAGAAGCAAGCGGAUUCGAAAUGCAAUGGCCACAAGCAAAUCUGCAGCCAUCACCUCUUGACGAUCCGAAGAAGUACAUAGAAGCCGCUACCAAGGCCAUUACGACCAAGGUGCAAAGCAAACCCCAGAAAUCUCUUGCUGCUGAUUCGUCCUCAGACACCUUCAUCUAUCCGCUAUUGCAAUUGACCCCCCUGCUCAAACCAGAUACAUCCACCGAGCUCCCAGCUGUCACGGGAAUCUUGCGAACGCUGGGAACAUCAGCGUUUGCAGGCUCAAAAUGGAUGUUCACUGCCGGCUACUUCAAUAUGACGCCCGAAUUUCGUCAACUACUACUGAAUACCAAUCCAUCCUCCGCUGUGGUCGUCGCUGCUUCACCAUGGGCGAAUGGUUUCUAUGGCAGCAAGGGUGUGAGCGGCAUGUUGCCGGCAGCAUACACCCUCCUUUCGCGACGCUUCCUCGCCUCCGUCGCAAAGCUCGGUCUCGAUCAGCGCAUCACUCUGAAAGAAUGGCGCUUCGGAACCGUCAACACUCCGGGAGGGUGGACCUACCACGCCAAGGGUCUGUGGAUCACGCUCCCCGGUCAAAGCGAUCCCUGCAUCAGUCUAAUUGGAAGCUCCAACUAUACCAAACGCAGCUAUGCUCUCGAUCUGGAAGCCAACACACUCAUUGUCACGCGGAAUGCGGAUCUCCAGCGUCGCCUGGGUGAGGAACAGGCUUGGUUGCAGGAACAUGCCACGCCGAUGACGCGUGAUGAUUACACGACCACGGAGAGAAGAGUGGGUCUGCAUGUUCGGCUCGCCAUGUGGCUUGUGACGGCGCUGGGAGGCGCUUUGUGA